AUGACUUUCAUCUUGAAUUCAGACCUCACUGGACAUCAGAAAAGCGAUAUUGGCAAAAAGCUUCAUCUAUGUAAUGAAAGAAGGAAGGCCUUCAGCCAGAACUCUAAGCUCAUUACUCACCAGAAGACUCACAUUAGAAAGGAGCCUGAUGAAUGUAAUGAAGAUAAUGAAUGUGGGAAGGCCUUUGGCUACAGGUCAUGCCUUAUUGGCCAUCAAAGAAUUCACACUGGAGAAAAACGUUAUAAAUGUAAUGAAUGUGGAAAGACCUUCUGUUACAAAUCAGUCCUUAUUGACCAUCAGAAAAUUCACACAGGAGAGAAACCUUAUGAAUUUCAAAAAUGUGGAAAGACUUUCCAGCAGAGUUGGAAUCUUGCUGUACAUCAAAGAAUCCACACUGGAAAGAAACCUUAUGAAUAUAAUCAAGGUGGAAAGACCUUCUGCUCCACAUCAAGCUUUUUGCAUCAUCGAAGAAUUCACACUAGAGGGAAACCUUAUGAAUGUAUUCAGUGUGGAAAGACUUUCCAAACAAAAUCCUAUCUUGCCACCCAUCAGAGAAUCCACACUGGAGAGAAACCUUAUGAAUAUACUAAGUGUGGAAAGACUUUCACAGAUAAUUCCAGUCUUGCUAGACAUCAGAGAACCCACACUGGAGAGAAACCUUACAAAUGCAAACAGUGUGGGAAUACUUUCUCCCAGAGCUCCCAUCUUCUUGCACAUCAGAGAAGGCACAAUGGAGAGAAACCUUAUGAAUGUAUUCAGUGUGGAAAGACUUUCACAGAGAGUUCCAAUCUUAUUGCACAUUGGAGAAUCCACACUGGAAAGAAACCUUAUGAAUGUAUUCAGUAUGGAAUUGCUUUUGCACAUAGUUCUAGUCUUGCUAAGCAUCAGAGAAUCCACACUGGCAUGAAACCUUAUGAAUGUAAUCAGUGUGGAAAGACUUUCACAGAGAAUUCCAGUCUUGUUAGGCAUCAGAGAAUCCACACUGGAGAGAGAAACCUUAUAAAUGUAAACAGUGUGGAAAGACUUUUGCACAUAGUUCCAGUCUUGCUAAGCAUCAGAGAAUCCACACUGGCAUGAAACCUUAUGAAUGUAAUCAGUGUGGAAAGGCUUUCACAAGGAGCUCUAAACUUGCUGAACAUCAAAGAAUCCACAAUGUGGUCAGCUAGGUGGCACAAUGGAGAAAGUACUCGCCUUGUUCAAAUCCAGCCUCAGACACUUGACACUUAACUAGCUGUGUGACCCUGGGCAAGUCACUUAACCUCAUUGCCCUGCAAAAACAAACAAACACAAAAACACAAAACCAAAAGAAGCCACACUGUAGAGAAAAUAUUAUGGGCCUAGCAUGCCAGAAGUUCUCUGGGGUACAUCAAAGAACCUUCUCCUUAAGAAACCAAACCAGGGGCAGCUAGAUGAUACAGUGGAUAGAGCACCAGCCCUGG